CUGAGUACUCCUCCACAGCAAACGACGCCAAUAUGCCUCUGUCUGCAAUCAGAACGGUGGCAAAGCCCCAGAACGGCGUCGGUGCUUUCAUUCUGCAAUGUAAACGCCUCGACUUCCACUACUGCGACUGGGCCGGCUCCUCACGGGGCAUGAAGAAAUUCAUCAAAACCAACCUCGCCAUCUUCGCUAAACGCAAUCCGCAAAUCGAAAUUACCGUUUCACCGCGUCCGAAUAAGCACCCCGUCAUAAUAGGCCACUAUAUCAACGGUCGCCAGAAGGCCAUUUGCGUGAGAAAUAUGACAAAUAAUGAGGUGAAGCAGAAGGCGGAUUUGCUAAGACAUGCGAGUGGAGAGAAGCUGCAGCGAUUGAAUAAGCCAGUAAUGAGUUUGAAUGAGAGUGUGAGAGGCAUUUGGAGUCCAUUCCACGGAACGAAGAUACAGAUAUAGCAGGGAUUGACAAAGAUGGAUUGGGUGAGGAUGAGAGGUGUGAAAUAAAGAAUAGAGAGAGUACUAUGCUCUGCUACGAUGUUAGGCCUCUCGGCCACGGCUUGGUGGAUUACACUGGCAUUGAAGGCGCAUUGGGACGGGUAUGUACAGCAAAUGUACAAUUAUUGUAUGAUUCAGUGGCAGUUCUCCAAG